AAUAUAUAUAGUUCCAGGACAACUUCAGUACAUCCAUCCAUAAGUUCUAUACAGACAGUACAACUCGACGUCUACGGACGGCCAUCUCGAUCGUCGAUCAGUUCAUCUUGCAAGAACAUCGGUUUCCACUUUUUGUUCAAGACGAGAGUAGCAUAUAUAGCAUUGCAACAAGAGGAAGAAGCUGCCGACAGCACGUCGCGUUCUUGACCAAAGAAUUGCAAGAACCAAGCAGAAGCAUCACAUCAAGUAGUAGGCCGAUCGAUGGUGCAAGAGAACAAGUACUUAACAAAGCAGAGCAGCAUGGGCGCCGAAAUGAAGAUCAGUGACCAUGGAGAAGGAGAUCAGGAAGAGGUGGUGCUUGUAGGGGACGAAGACGAUGAGCAAGGCCUGGUUCUACCCGGGUUCCGCUUCCACCCCACCGACGACGAGCUCGUCAACUUCUACCUCCGGCGGAAGGUGGCCGGGAAGCGGCUUAGCAUCGAGAUCAUCAAGGACUUCGACAUCUACAAGCAUGAUCCUUGGGACAUCCCAAAGGUGAGCACGAUUUCCGGGGAGGAGUGGUACUUCUUCUGUCUGCGGGGGAGGAAGUACAGGAAUAGCAUCCGGCCCAACAGGGUCACCGGCUCCGGCUUCUGGAAGGCCACCGGCAUCGACCGCCCCAUAUACUCGGCCGCCACCGGUCGCGCCGGCGACUGCAUCGGCCUGAAGAAGUCCCUCGUGUUCUACCGCGGCGCUGCCGGCAAGGGCACCAAGACGGACUGGAUGAUGCACGAGUUCCGCCUUCCACCACGCCCGGAGAGCGACCACUCCUCGCCGAGCACGCAAGAAGCGGAAGUGUGGACCAUCUGCCGGAUCUUCAGGAGGAACAUCACCUACAAGAAGCAGCCGCAGCAGCAGCAGGUCGCCGGCAAGAUGCCCGACGACGCUGCCGCCGCGCAGCCCGACUCGAGCUCCAUCACCGGUAGCCUCGAGUCGGACACCGGGGACGAGUACAUGAACCGCCUGCUGCCGCAGGCUCCGGUGGUCAACAACGUAAGCAACGGGUACGACAGCCGCCAGUUUCAGGGGCAAUGGAACAGUAGCCUCCUGCACGCGGCGGCCACGGCGACGCUGCCUUCGCCGACGACGGCCAGUACAUUGCAUCAUGGCGUGCUUAGCAGCCCGGCCGCGCUGGACGACCAGUACUACAAGGAUGGGUGCAGCUGGGACGACAUUGGCAGGAUGGUGAUGGAGCUGACCAGUCCCAGUGUGUUCUAUGAUUGUAGUCUGUAGAUGCCCCUAGGAGAGCUGCAGUUGCAGUCCAGUUCUUGAUUCAGAGUUCAGAGAGCAGCUACACCCGCCGACAAAACACGAGACUGACACGUGGGGCCCACGUGGCAAGUUCUCCAAGAGUGUGCUGUUCUAGCUUAUAGGCUUAUAGCAUAGAGCCAUAGACUUUUCUUUUUCGAGAAUGUGUAAUGCUUGUAUUUUUUAAGAAAGGUUCUCGUACGAAUGCGAUUUUUUCACAGAAA